GCCAACUGCUCCUCCAGCAACUCUGGGCCCCUGUUAUUUUUCCCUGCCUGGGGGGGGGCUUUUUCUGUCAGAGGCCCUCAGCCAGGAGGAGACGCCUGUGAGGGAGACGAAGUCAUAGGGAGAGGAGAAGAGGGGGAGAGAGGUUGGCGGAGGAGUGAACACAGGAUCAGCAGGCCAGGACUCCACGUGCCUUCGCAACAGGGAGUCUAUAGCGUGCCUCGCUUUGGGAUUAUACAGUUGAAAGGACUAACUUCUCGUGGAGUGGGAGUUUACCUCAGGUGGAAGCAUCAAGAUGGCGGCCAACGCAGAGGCGGCCAAGCCGGUCAUCAUGAAUGAAGAGGAGCUGAAGAGGAAGCAGAGGGAGAAGCUGAAGAAGCUACAGGCCACAGGGGGCAACCCUCGACCUGCAAGAACCCUCUUCCUCUUCACCCUCAAGAAUCCCUUUCGCAAGGCCUGCAUCAACAUCGUAGAGUGGAAAACAUUUGAGAUCAUCAUCUUAUUGACCAUCUUUGCUAACUGUAUUGCUCUGGCUGUGUUCCUGCCCAUGCCUGAAGAGGAUAGUAACAACACCAACACAAGAUUGGAGAGUUUGGAGUACAUCUUCCUUAUAAUCUUCACGUUAGAGUGCUUUCUGAAGAUAGUGGCGUAUGGGUUAGUCUUCCACGAAGGCGCCUAUUUACGGAACUGUUGGAACAUAUUGGACUUUGUCAUCGUCUUCAUGGGACUCUUCACCUUUGCUGUGGAUACGAUCCAUAUGAUAGCCGACAUGCCAGUGGAGAAGGGUGGGGGCUUUGACAUGAAGGCACUGAGAGCCUUCAGAGUACUCCGACCCUUACGCCUUGUCUCUGGAGUCCCCAGCCUGCAGGUGGUGAUGAACUCCAUCCUCAAGGCCAUGCUGCCUCUGCUGCACAUCGCCCUGCUUGUCUUUUUACUGGUCACCAUCUAUGCCAUCAUGGGACUGGAGCUCUUCAAGUGCAAAAUGCACAAGACCUGCUAUUAUACUGACACAAUUCUCUAUGCCACGGCAGAGGAUGAGCUGCCGGCUCCCUGUGCUCAGGCUGGUAACGGACGCCGUUGCCUGAUCAACGGCUCUGAGUGUCGACCAGGCUGGGAGGGUCCCAACAAUGGCAUCACCCACUUUGAUAACAUUGGCUUUGCCAUGCUGACUGUCUACCAGUGUAUCACCAUGGAGGGAUGGACCAAAGUGCUCUACUGGGUAAAUGAUGCCAUAGGAAACGAAUGGCCCUGGCUCUACUUUGUUCCCCUCAUUCUGAUCGGUUCCUUCUUCGUGCUCAAUCUGGUUCUGGGUGUGCUCAGUGGAGAGUUCACCAAAGAGAGAGAAAAGGCAAGGUCGCGUGGAGAGUUUCAGAAAUUGCGAGAGCGUCAGCAGCUGGAUGAAGACCUCCACGGCUACAUGGAGUGGAUCACUCACGCUGAAGUCCUGGAUGCUGACAGAGAGGGAAAAGGACUGCUGCCUUUGACCAGUGGUGACUCUGACACAGACAGCCUGCAUGACCUGGAAGGCAAGAGUCGAAUCAUCUACUAUUACCGCCUGGGCCGUCGCUGGAAUCGUUUCUUCAGGAUGAAGUGCCUGGUGUAUGUGAAAACCAAGAGCUUUUACUGGGUGGUGAUGUUCCUUGUUUUCCUCAACACCCUGACCAUAGCGACAGAGCACCACCACCAGCCUGACAUGCUCACUUCCCUACAAGAUGUUGCCAGCCGUGUACUGCUGGUGCUGUUUAUCAUUGAGAUGUUUUUGAAGAUGUAUGCUCUGGGUCCUCGAGCAUAUUUCAUGUCUCUGUUCAACCGUUUUGACUUCUUCGUGGUGCUCUGCGGUAUCCUGGAGAUGAUCAUGUUGUCUGCAGGAUCCGUGGCUCCUCUCGGUUUCUCUGUACUCAGGUGUAUUCGGCUGCUGAGGAUCCUCAAAGUCACAAAGUACUGGACCUCUCUAAGUAAUCUUGUGGCCUCCCUCCUCAACUCCAUCCGCUCCAUUGCCUCCCUGCUCCUCCUCCUCUUCCUCUUCAUCGUCAUCUUUUCGCUCCUCGGCAUGCAGGUCUUUGGAGGGAAAUUCAACUUUACCGACCACAGACCCAGACGCAGCAACUUUGAUAAUUUCCCCCAAGCCCUCAUCAGUGUGUUUCAGAUUCUAACAGGAGAAGACUGGACUACCAUCAUGUAUAACGGCAUCAUGGCCUAUGGAGGGCCAGUCAUCCCUGGCAUCCUGGUUGCCAUCUACUUCAUCAUCCUCUUUGUCUGUGGAAACUAUAUCCUCCUCAAUGUCUUCUUGGCAAUCGCCGUCGACAACCUGGCAGAGGCUGAGAGUCUGACUUCAGCUCAGAAAGAAAAGGCAGAGGAGAAGAUGAGAAGGAAGCUACUAAGGUCCAAAAUGCCGGACAAGACCGAUGAGGAGAGGGAGAGGAUGGCCAAGAAACUUGCAGAGCAGAGGGCCAAGAUAGAGGGCAUGCCCACCACAGCCAAGCUCAAAAUUGAUGAGUUUGAGUCCAAUGUCAAUGAAGUGAAAGAUCCAUUCCCACCUGCCGACUUCCCAGGUGAUGACGAGGAGGAAGAGCCGGAAAUCCCCAUCAGCCCUCGGCCCCGACCGAUGGCCGACCUGCAGCUGAAGGAAGAAGCUGUUCCAUUGCCUGAAGCCAGCUCCUUCUUCAUCUUUGGCCCUCAGAACAAGUUCCGCAAGUUUUGCUACAAGAUAAUCAACGCCUCGUCCUUCACCAACUUAAUCCUCCUGUUCAUCCUGCUCUCCUCCAUCUCCCUAGCAGCUGAGGACCCCAUCGAUCCUAAGUCCUACAGGAACCAGGUGACGGUCGGGUCGAGCGUUACACAACGGACAGGAACUGCAGAAAGAACAUUUGAUAACAUGACUCUCUCUGUGUCUUUCUUCCAGAUCUUGGCCUAUGCUGACAUUGUCUUCACAACUGUGUUCACCAUUGAGAUUGUACUAAAGAUGACAGUGUACGGAGCCUUCAUGCACGAAGGCUCCUUCUGCCGUAACUCCUUCAACAUCCUGGAUCUGAUUGUGGUCACAGUCUCCCUGCUCUCUAUGGGAAUGGAAUCCAGUGCCAUCUCUGUGGUGAAGAUUCUCAGGGUGUUGAGGGUGCUGAGGCCUCUCAGGGCCAUCAAUAGAGCUAAAGGUUUAAAGCAUGUGGUCCAGUGCGUGUUUGUGGCCAUCAAAACCAUCGGCAACAUUGUCCUGGUCACCAUGCUGUUGAAUUUCAUGUUUUCCUGUAUUGGAGUGCAACUCUUUAAGGGAAAAUUCUACAGCUGCACAGACGCGUCCAAAAUGACAGAGGAGGAAUGCCAGGGAUCCUUCUUGAAGCACAUGGAGAAUUCCCUGCAAGACACCGUGGUGGCUAAGAGAGAGUGGCUCAACAAUGACUUCAACUUCGACAAUGUGUUCUAUGGCAUGCUGGCUCUCUUCACUAUUUCCACAUUUGAGGGCUGGCCAAAACUGUUAUACAGAGCCAUUGAUUCAGAUGAAGAAGACAUGGGACCUGUCUUCAACAACCGCGUAGACGUGUCCAUCUUCUUCAUCAUCUACAUCAUCCUCAUUGCCUUUUUCAUGAUGAACAUCUUUGUGGGCUUCGUCAUCGUCACUUUCCAGGAGCAGGGCGAGCAGGAGUAUAAGAACUGUGAGCUGGACAAGAACCAGCGUCAAUGUGUGCAGUACGCCCUGAAGGCUCGUCCUCUGAGGUGUUACAUCCCCAAAAACCCCUACCAGUACAGGGUCUGGUACAUCGUCACCUCCUGCUACUUUGAGUAUCUCAUGUUCCUCCUAAUCAUGCUCAACACCUUGUGUCUGGGGAUGCAGCACUGUAACCAGUCAGACCAUGUGACCAAGCUGUCGGACACUCUGAACAUGAUCUUCACUGUGCUCUUCACUGUGGAGAUGAUUCUCAAGCUCAUGGCCUUCAAAGCGAGAGGCUACUUCGGAGACCCCUGGAACGUCUUUGAUUUCAUCAUUGUCAUCGGCAGCGUCGUGGACGUCAUCUUGAGUGAAGUCGAUACUGCCCUGGCCUCCAGUGGAGGACUGUACUGUCUCCAUGGCUGUGCUGAGACGAAUCCUUUGCAAGUCAUUGCGGCCUCUGAAAACGCCUCGGUUUCCAUCACGUUCUUCCGACUCUUCCGUGUCAUGCGUCUGGUCAAACUGCUGAACCGUUCGGAGGGCAUCCGUAACCUGCUUUGGACCUUCAUCAAGUCCUUCCAGGCUCUCCCUCACGUAGCUCUGCUCAUCGUGAUGCUGUUCUUUAUCUACGCUGUCAUCGGGAUGCAGAUCUUUGGAAAAGUAGCCUUAGUGGACGGCACCCAAAUCAACCGCAACAACAACUUCCAGACAUUCCCUCAGGCUGUUCUGAUGCUAUUCCGAUGUGCAACUGGAGAGGGUUGGCAGGAGGUCAUGAUGGCUUCGAUGUAUGGGAAGAAGUGUGACCCCAAGUCUGACUUCCUGCCAGGAGAGGAGAACACCUGCGGGUCAAACUUCGCUGUUUUCUACUUCCUUAGCUUCUACUGUCUCUGCGCCUUCUUGAUCCUCAACCUGUUUGUAGCUGUCAUCAUGGACAACUUUGACUACCUGACCCGUGAUUGGUCACUCCUUGGUCCUCAUCAUCUGGAUGAGUUUAAGAAGAUCUGGGCUGAAUAUGACCCUGAAGCCACCGGGAGAAUCAAACAUCUGGAUGUGGUGACACUGCUGCGACGCAUCCAGCCUCCACUGGGCUUCGGCAAGUUCUGUCCUCAUCGCGCUGCGUGCAAGCGUUUGGUUGGUAUGAACAUGCCUCUCAACAGCGAUGGCACCGUCACCUUCAAUGCCACCCUGUUUGCUCUGGUCAGAACUGCUCUCAAGAUCAAAACCGAGGGUAAUUUUGAGCAGGCCAAUGAGGAGCUGAGGGCCAUUAUAAAGAAAAUCUGGAAACGCACCAGUAUGAAACUGUUGGACCAGGUCAUCCCCCCGAUAGGAGAUGAUGAGGUAACUGUGGGGAAAUUCUACGCCACCUUCCUGCUCCAGGACUAUUUGCGCAAAUUCUUGAAGCAUCAGGAGGAGUACUACGGCUACAGGCCCACGAAGAAGAACGCCUCAGGCCCAGAGAUCCAGGCGGGUCUGAGGAGUAUAGACGAAGAGGCAGCUGCAGAGAUGCACAGGACAAUUUCAGGAGACCUGCAAAAUGAGGAAGAGUUGGACAGGGCGAUGGAGGAGGCUGGAGAAGAGGGAAUUUACCAGCGCUCACACGGUCUGUUUGGUAACCGGGUGGACCCCUUCUCCUCUGAGCCCACCAACACUCAGUCCCCACAGGUGACCAGCCAGCGGCCCCUCCAGUUCUCUGACAGCCAGCCUGAGUCCCCACCUGACUCCGCCCUGGUGCCCACUACCGAAUUUUUCCCCACAACCCCUAAGAACAACACGAACAACAACGCCUUCGCAGACUUUUCAUUUGAAAGAGAAGGCAGUCCCGAGGAGUUUUACAAUUCUGGUGACGAUGAAGAGCCGGGUUCGUCCAGAGACAACAGGCGCUCCUGGAGCUUCACACUGAGAACACUCAAAAAAAAGUUCCCUUACGACCCUCACUAUGAGGACAAUCAGAGUGAGAGCUCCCACACUGCAGCUGACCAGCUCGUCCAGGAGGCUCUCGUGGAGGGCGGUCUAGCCUCCCAGGCCAGAGACGGGGACUUUGUGUCUGUGACUAAGAGGGAGAUGGCUGAUGCCAUACACAUCCCCAUCCCUGAGAUGGAGGGCCUUGCUCGGGGCAUCUUAAAUGAACGCUCUGUCAAAAAGAGGCGCCCCGUCCCGGAACCUGGCCGACAUGUGGCCGCACAGGAAACGCGGCAGCCAGACCCCGCCGUGAGGAGAAAGAGACGUCCAGUGCCUACGGUUCCCUCUGUGCCUAAGCCGGCCAAGGCCGACUCCAAAGUUUAGAGGCUGACACUUUACGUUUACGCGGUUAUGUGGUUUUUACUCUUGCAGGUGGCUCCACCUUACCUCACUUUACCAGGCUUCGUCGCCCACGUGAAAAAUCUGUAUCUACUAGCUUGGCUCAAAAGCCUGAAGGCUUGAUAUACUGUCACGUGGAGCUUAAAUUGAACCAAAGAGAAACAAUAUCUCUGAUCAUGAAACAUCUUCUUAAUCCUCAGAUUUAUUGAAACUAAUAAAAACACUAACUUAUCUGAGAGCAAACAGGUUGAUGCACUCCUUUCUUUGUAGCGUUUGUUGAGGUUAUCCAUUCCACAGACUUAUGGGACAACCAUGUGCGUGAGCGGAGUGUGUUGCUGAAGCCCCAGAGAGAGAAAGAGAGAGAGAGAUGAUGGUGACCGAUGACUGAAAUGUGUGAAGUGACUCAGCAGCUGUAUUUAGCAGGCUGCAGUUCACUGAGAACAAUGGGCGAAGACUCCACUGAGUUUCUAUGCAUCCAGGCCCAGAUAUGUUCAACCGAGUGUUCGGUUGACACUGUUGACGGGCUCUGGUGCAAACGCUGCAAGUUGAAGUUUGCAAAGCAGCGUCCUCUGAUCCAUUAGGACUUACUGUCUUUGUCUGUUAUUAUUGAGAUUUUAGGUUUUCUCCUGCUCACAACUGUUUUUCUAUGCAGUUGAUUCCAGCAGAUUUUAAAGAGGACAUUUUUUCUUUUAAAUUUGGGACAUAGAGGUACGUUUCAUUUAUGAAAUAAUUGUCUAAAGGUUUAGCUGUGUUUAGGUAUUUUUUUCAAUGUUUUUCAUAUACAUUAAUGUCAUAAUUUUGAGUUGGGAGGGAGGGUUGGUUUGACCUGUACAGAGAAUGCAUCUUCAGCAUACCUGGAGUAUGGUGGAUUUAGCCCGUAAAGCUCACUGACGGUUGUUCAAAUCUUUAUUUUUAAUUGCAUGGGCAUAAAUUAUUGCACUUGUUUCAUGUUUUGUGGCCAAAUGCAAACAUGACAGGCCUUUAAGAGUCCUGAUUUCUUUUCCUCUUGUUUACAUUAUCCUCUGAUCAGCCUGUGUUUUGCCGUCAUACAUGAAGUUUCCACGUUUUGGAGAUUACCCCUAUUUUGAAUGAACAUUACAGCUCAACUUCUGACCUUAGCUCUCCUUCACUCCUGGAUCUGUGCCAAUAUGGUUGAUGUUACACUGAUGUUUCCACCACUGGAAAAAUAAAGAAAUCAUCCAAAAGCA